AUGGCCGUGGUGAGCGGAUCGUCUGGGCCGGUUGCCCGGCUUGAGGGCCGCGAAUUCGAAUACAUGAUGAAGAAGCGCUCGGUGACGGUCGGCCGGAACUCUUCGCAGGGCUCCGUGGACGUCAGCAUGGGACAUUCGAGCUUCAUUUCCCGGCGUCACUUGGAGAUAUUCACCGCUAGCGACGACGGAGGUGCCGGCAACGGAGACUUCUACCUGCGGUGUCUCGGUAAAAACGGGGUGUUUGUGGACGGCGUGUUUCUGAGACGGGGUGCACCUCCUCUGCAGCUACCAAGAAUGUGCACUUUUCGGUUCCCCAGCACAAACAUCAAGAUCACAUUCACAGCUUUGUCCAGCGGGAAGAAGGUGAAGCGUGAAGCGCCCGAGUCCCCAGUGAAACCAGUACAGCCCCAGAUCUCCCCACUGACCAUCAACAUUCCAGAUAACAUCGCUCACCUAAUGAGCCCGCUGCCAUCGCCUACUGGCACCAUCAGUGCUGCUAACUCGUGCCCCUCCAGCCCGCGGGGCGCAGGCUCUUCAGGCUACAGGAUGGGAGGUCGGAUGGUCAGCUCUGCAGAGCUGCAGCUUAUGAACGACAACUCCCAGCCUGAGAACGACAAAGAUGCCUCUGGAGGUGACAGUCCAAAGGACGACUCCAAACCUCCGUACUCCUAUGCACAGCUGAUAGUCCAGGCCAUAACGUUGGCUCAGGACAAGCAGCUCACACUAAACGGUAUCUACAAUCACAUCACAAAGAAUUAUCCCUACUACAGAACUGCAGACAAGGGCUGGCAGAACUCGAUCCGUCACAAUCUAUCGUUGAACCGUUACUUCAUCAAAGUGGCGCGGUCGCAGGAGGAACCCGGCAAAGGCUCGUUCUGGAGGAUAGACCCGUCCUCGGAGGGAAAGCUCAUCGAGCAGGCCUUCAGGAAACGAAGGCCCCGGGGCGUUCCCUGCUUCAGGACCCCACACGGACCCCUGUCCUCCAGGAGCGCCCCGGCCUCUCCCAACCACUCGGGGGUUCUCUCAGCUCACUCCAGCGGCGUCCAGACCCCCGACAGCCUAUCACGAGAGGGCUCCCCGGUCCCUCUGGAGCUGGAGACCUCGGCUCCGGCCCCGGUGCCAACCGCGGCGGUCCAGCCCAAACUGGCAGAUCAGGAAGCACGCUUUGCACAAAACACACCAGGCUCGCCUGCUAACAACCAGCCGGUACUCAUAGCAGUCCAGCGCCAGUUACCUCAAACCAUUAAGCCAGUGACUUACACCAUGGCCUCCCCAGUGAGCACCAGCACCUCCGGGCCCGCUGUCCAGACGGUCCACGUCCUGCAGCAGAUCCCCGCCGGCUCCCUCAGCUCCGUCAUCGCCCAGCAGGCCACCAUCAUCAAGAGCGAGCCGCAGGAGAACGGGGAGCACACGGAGGUCAAAGUCAAAGUGGAGACGGUCCCCACCAUCACCUCUAUAGGAGGCUCCAGUCGCAUCAUCCAGACCUCCCAGUCGGCCGCUCCCCUGCAGACUGUUACCAUCUUGCAGCAGGCUCCCAUCGGCCAGCACCAGCUGCCCAUUAAGGCCAUCACACAGAACGGCACCCACAGCAUCACCACUGCCAUCCAGGGACCCAUCAGCUCAGCUCCAGCUGUGGCGAGCCCCCUCCACCUGCUGGCGGCCCACGCCUCCGCCUCGGCCUCGCUCCCCACCAAACGGCAGAACGGAGACCAGCUGGCCAGCGAACAGCCGGACGCCAAGCGCAUCAAAUCAGAGGCCGACUCCGCCGCCGCCUCGACCCCGGCACAGUCGGACUCAUCGGCAGCUAACGACCAAGGCGGCCAACUCAACUAGUCUGUACCACCACCACCCAUCACCACAGCAACCCCAACCCACCCCCCCUCUUCACCACCACCUUCUCUUCUCUUCUCUUCUCUCUCUCUUUCUCUUUCGUCCCCGUCGUUUCUUUUUAUUUGUCUUCCUUCUACCACUGACUCCCGAGGUGCCAA